AGAAAGGUCAUGGGCUGCGUUGAGCAGGGGUGUCUGGAGGCCAGCCGCCUCACAGGCAGCCCAGAAAGGAGAUCAGGCUAGUGCAUCCGCGCCAGAGGAUGGGGGAACACGUUCAGAGGCGGAAGGGGCGCGCGGAAACCCCCAUGGGAAGCCGGAAGGGGCACAAGGGGCGGUUGGCCGCAGCGGGGGCGGCGGCCGUUGGAGAGCAGCGGCCUGGGCCAGGCGAGGUCUGGCGUCUGGCCAGGCCCGGGGCUACCAUGACCAAGGACUCGCCCAGCCCUUUGGGCUGCGGCCGCGCGACACCCAAGAAGCCGGGUAGUCCGGGUCCAUCGGCGGCGGUGCUGGAGGAGCAAAGGCGGGAGCUGGAGAAGCUGCGGGAAGAGCUGGAGGCGGAGCGAGCGCGCGGACGCGCAGCGACGCAGCGCUUCGCGUCCCAGGCGCGCCAGCUGCGGGAGGCGGCCGAGCGCGAGAGGCAGCAGCUGGUUGACCAUCUGCGCUCCAAGUGGGAGGCUCAGCACGACCGGGAGCUGCGGCAGCUGCAGGAGGACAUGCUGCGGGAGCGUGAGGCCGAGAUUCGGCAGCUGCUGCGCUGGAAGGAGGCCGAGAUGCGGCAGCUGCGGCAGCUGCUGCACCGCGAGCGCGACGGCGUCAUGCGCCAGGCCCGGGAGCUGCAGCGCCAGCUGGCAGAGGAGUUAGUGAACCGUGGCUACUGUGGCCGCGCGGGGGCGCCCGACGUCGCUGCUGCUCAGUGCCGCUGUCGCCUGCAGGAAGUGCUGGCACAGCUUCGCUGGGACACCGACGGCGAGCAGGCCUCGCGCAUCCGACACCUGCAGGCGGCGCUCGACGUGGAGCGCCGGCUCUUCCUCAAGUACAUCCUACAGCACUUCCGCUGGCAUCCCGCUUUGCCCGUCUCCCCCGACCCCCAAGCCGUGCAUUCUUCGGAAGAGCCGCCCCUCCAUACCGCUGGCAACUCCCCCGGGCCCCCAAAGUCCGUCUGUAAACUCGAAUCCUUGAAUACUGACAGCCUGAGCGCUGGCAUCCGCCUGCGCUCCCGCUCCCUAGACGUGGUGCCAGCCAGGUGCUCCAGCUCCCCAGACAGCCUGCUCCACACGCCGCGCUCCUGCUCUCUCGAUUCUUUGGCACCAGCGCGUUCCCGCUAUCUCGACAGCACCCUCAGUUGCCCCAAAGCCCCCGAAUCCAAGAAGCCGGCCUCCUGGCCAGACACCCCCAUCUUAGGCUCCUCGAGUCCUCCGCCCCCGCUACCCCCACCACCGCCACAGACAUCGAAGCACAGGAGACCUAGUGACUCUCUAGGAGAGGACUCCGGGAGCCAGCCCUGCGAGGCCCUGACUCCCUCGCCGCCGGAUCUGGACUACCAGGAGCUGGUGAAGCAGAACUCGGAACUGUCAGAGGCGUUGCAGGUGCUGGCACGCCGCUGCUCGGGACUGUGGGAGGAGAACGUGCAGCUGUGGCGCGCAGGUUUCCAGGACAAGUCCGACGAGGAGGUGAAGCGGCUCAAGGUGAAGCACGCGGAGCUUGCAGGCCUCGCGAGGCGCCUAGAGGACCGGGCCCGGAAGCUGCAAGAAACCAACCUGCGGGCUGUGAGCGCGCCUGUGCCAGGCGAGAGCCGCGCUGGCCUGGAACUGUGCCAGGCCUUUGCCCGCCAGCGCGCGCGGGACUUGUCGGAGCAGGCAAGCGAGCUGCUGGCCAAGGACAAGCAGAUCGAAGAGCUGCGGCUGGAGUACCACUUGCUGCAAGCUCGCGUCGCCUCAGGCAUGAAUAGUGUCCCGCACCCUGGCGGGGGUGCUGCCCAAGCCCAGUGGCUCAACAUCAGUGAGUUGGACCGGCUGCAGCGCGAGUCCCAGCGGGAGGUGCUCCGCCUGCAGAAACAGUUGACGAUGCAGCAGUCCACCGGCUGCGCCCGAGCUGAGGCGGACGGCGAGAGCGCACCCUUCGAGGAGGCGCGGCGCCAGGUGCAGGCACUGGAGCUGGAGCUGGGCACCCAGGCGGCCGCCGCACGGCGCCGCGGCGAGGAGGGUGAAGCGCAGCUGCGGGCGGCGCUACGCGAGGAAGCCUGGCUGGCGCAGGAGAACACGCGGUUGCAGGCUCAGGCCGACUGGACGCGGAAGGUGGCGGCGGAAAACAGCGACGUGCGCAGGCAGCUGGGCUGCGCGUGCCAGGAGCGCGACGCCGCCGGCAUGCUGGCGGAGCAGCUGCUACAGCAGGCUGCGCGCGGGCAGGACAGGCAGCAACAGCUGCAGCACGACCUGCAGAAGGCCCUGCGAGAUCUCCAGGCUGCUAGGGAAGAGAUGCUGGCGCUGCAGUGUCAGACUGGUUACCUUCCCCAGGAAUCCCGGGAGGCCCCCCAAGUCCCGGAGGCUCAAGUCAGAGAUAGUGGAAGGACCAAGUUCCAGCUGGAGCCUGAAGAGCAAGCAGCUUCACAGCCCAGUGCAGACAAACAGGGAAAUCAGGAAGCUUCUCAGCUGGAAAGUCCAAUUGCUAUCAGGGAGCCAGCCAGUGACCCUCAAGUGCCAGACAGAGUCCCAGCCAGCGGACCUCUGGACUCCAGGUCCCUAGCCAAGAAAACUAGCUCCCAGUCGAAUUCUCCCUCUGAGUUGGAGUCCAUAUGGACCACGGUGCCAUCUUGUCCUCCUCUGGAUAUGGACACAGCCAGCGAGGUGGAGGAUCUGGAGCCUGACGGUGUGUCCUCUACCUUGGAAGCGAGGAGCUCAGAGGCCCCCCUGACCCCUGAGCUCAAGAUCUUCCUGGCUCGGUAUAGCUACAAUCCUUUUAAGGGGCCUAAUGAACAUCCUGAGAGUGAACUGCCCCUCACAGCUGGAGAUUAUGUGUAUGUUUUGGGGGACAUGGAUGAAGAUGGAUUUUAUGAAGGGGAGCUUGAGGAUGGCCGGCGGGGGCUGGUGCCCUCCAACCUGGUGGAGCAGAUUCCAGACAGUGACAUCCUGGGCUGCCGGUCCCCCAAGUCCCCUGACUUCAGCCCUACUCGACUCCUAGGUAGACACAGCAAGUUUUUGAAGGAAGACACUGGUCACAGCUUGUUGCCUGGAAAAGCCCAGGGAGCUAUGGACAAGGGGACAUGCCAGAUGGUGAGGGCAGGCUCCAAGACAGAAGUGGCAAUAGAGAUCUCAGAUGCCAAGAGAGAAGAAGACAGCUGGCUGGGCUCGCUGCAGUAUGGGGAGGAGAAGGGCUUCUCUAGACCCCUUCUGGGGGCCACAGGGGCUUUUUGCGUGGCUCCCAUGCAACUACACCUGCAGAGUGUUGCAGCCACAUCAGCCAAGAUUACCUGGGUCUACAGCAGCAGCAACCAGCCCCACAUGGUAUACCUCAAUGACCAGGAGCAUGCCCUGACCCCAGCAGGUGUGUGCUGCUACACCUUCCACAGCCUGCAUCCUAGCACACGGUACCGGGCACGAGUGGAGGUGCAGCUGCCAUGGGACUUGCUGCAGGUGCACUGGGAAACAACGUCUUCCACCAUCACCUUUGACACACCGCUGGCAGGACCUCCUCACCCUCCUCUGGAUGUGCUGGUGGAGCGCCAUGCUUCACCAGGCAGCCUAGUGGUCAGCUGGCUCCCUGUAACCAUCCACUCUGCUGGGUCAUCCAACGGAGUCCAGGUCACUGGCUACGCUGUGUAUGCUGAUGGGUUCAAGGUUGUAGAGGUUGCUGAUGCCACUGCUGGGAGCACCCUGUUGGAAGUUUCCCAGCUCCACCUGCCCCUGAUGUGCCAGAAUGUCUCUGUGAGAACCAUGUCGCUUUGUGGUGAGUCCCUGGAUUCAGUGCCAGCCCAGAUCCCUCAUGACUGUUUCACCUGUCACCAAUUGCCAGAGAAUUCUUCCUUUAGCUACACCUGUAGUGACCUGUCUACCUGCAGGGUCACAGUCCCUGUCCAUCCUCAGAGGCUGGCACUGGCUCCCCUGAGUGCUAAAGCCAGCCCCCACACUCCUGGAAGCUGCAGGGGGCCCCAGGUCGAGUUUCUAGAAGCAUUCCCUGAAGAACCCUCAAGGAGGCAGUCCCCGAUGUGCAACCUGAGUUCAGAGGGAGAAUGUGCAAGUGUGGGGUCUGGCAGCCAACCCCAGGGGCCUAUAGGGGCCCAGGAGGUCUGCAGAAAGGACUUGCUCUUUCAGAAGAGUUCCCCAAACCACAGACCACCUCUGCUCAGUGGACAGUCUAGGGGAGAAGAAAACUGCUACUGGCACAUGGGCGCCAGAAAAAGCCAUGCUUCGGGAGUCGUCCAUCUGUUCCCAGAGUUUGGGCUUGAGAAGCAACCAUAUCAGGAAAAGGCUGCUUUUGAAAAGGUCCUUAGGCAAAAGCAAGAUACCAAUGUGUUUGCCCCUCCCCAGCUGGACACCAGCCAACCAUAUGUGUCUGACUUCCACAACAUUUUGCAGGAGGAGGAGGCAGUGCACGUCAAUCUGUGGGGCCCAGAGAGGCGAGAGCAGAGAAAGGAGUUUAGGACCCAGAACGGGAGCUGUCAGGCUCUGGGGAGCAAGAGAGAGUGCCAGCUCCUGGAGCCCAGCCCAGCACAUUGUCCAGCUCCAUCCAGCAAAGUCAUUAAGAUGUUCAGCGGUGGCCCCUCACCACUGGGGACAGAGGUGGACACUUUGGCCAGGGUCUUUGUGGCCCUCUUUGAUUAUGACCCCCUGGUGAUGUCUGCCAACCCCGAGGUUGCAGAGGAGGAGCUAGCCUUCCAGAAAGGGCAGCUGCUAAGAGUGUGGGGCUCUCAGGACCCUUGUGGCUUCUACCAUGGUGAAUGCAAUGGGCAAGUGGGCAACAUACCUGGGCAUCUGGUGGCCGAGGUAAAGGUAGGCACAGAGCAGACUGAUGGGAUGUGGCAUUUGCCAGCACAAGGGCACCUGUCCUCUGUGGCCCACCUCGAUGACUUUGGGGGGCUCACCAGCCCCCAAGGCUCCUUUCCUAUGCCCCAAGGGAACCCCCGGAGGUCACCACUGUGGACUCCAACAACCAUGAUGACAGCUUUGGACUAUGACCCCAAGGAUGGGCGAGCAGGGGGCCAGGUGAAGGACAAGCUGUCACUGAGGGCAGGGGAUAUGGUCAUGGUCUAUGGGCCUGUGGAUGACAAGGGAUUCUAUUAUGGGGAGUCAGGUGGUCACAGGGGCCCGGUCCCAGCCCACCUGCUGGAUCACCUUCCCCUCCAUGGAAAGUGAGCAAGGCUCCUGCCGGGGUAGUGGCCUCUGGCCACCCACACCCCGCCAGAGGAGAAGCAAGAACUGGGACCCUAACUCCAGCAUCCCUCCUCGACUCUGUGAGCAGCACUUGCUCAGAAUGUCACUGUGAGAAAUUGACACCAGUCCCCAGGAGUCCCCUGGCCUCUGAGAGGAGCAGGGCUUCAGUCUGAACUGAGCUGUUCCCAAAAGAAAACAGAACAAGCAGCCCACGAGAGUCUGACAGACUGUUUUGGAGUUGUCAGUGACUAUGACAGGUAUUUGGAGAAGGGCCUUUUUCUGUGCUCAGUAUGCAUUUUCUCUAGGAGUUUCUUUAGAAGUGUCCUCAUCCAUUGCGUUGUAUGAAAGUCUCAAGAAAAGCCUGCCUCUUAAAAAAAAAAAAAGUGACCAGAAUGUUAUUUUUCUAUCUUAUGUUCAACCCCUCAUUAAAAUGUUCAUAGAAAAAAGAAAAAUAAUACUUCAGAAGUAAAAGCACAACCAAGGGAAACACAAAUAUACCUCUCUUCCCCUCUCUCUUCUGUCCAGGGGUCCUGCAAUGGCUGCAGACAUGUGUUCCCAGC